GACGAUCGACGACGGUUUGUUGUUUUGACUGCGUUCGUACGCUUCGCAUUUUUUUCUCGCCGGCUCGAAUCGACUGCACCAAGUCGGGCUACGGCUAGUAGUGCUAAUGCGUUGCGAUCGGAUGGUUCUCGCGUAGCGGUGGUUGUCGAUCAUUUGCAAAACAAAACAAAAAAACAGACACCGAUUGCUUCAUCGCGCCGGGAAAGUGAAGUUAGUACGUGUGCAAUUAGUGUUUCCCUUCUUUUUGUGUCUUCCUGGGGUGAGAAAUUUGGUCACUCGUUGGAGCCAGACAUUAGGAGGCGGAGAGAACGUUUGUCCAACUACUAUACAAUCCCCGCAUUAUCAGUUGGUGUCACAGUAAAGUGUGGUUAGUUUGCGAAGGCAUCCAAAUAAGAACGCUCGUGUGGUGUAAAAUUUAUUCCAGUUUCGUGCAAGAUUCAUAAAACGCUACGCAACGGGGAAAAUCCCAACACACAUCAUCCGAACAACGGCGGCGUGUGAUUGUGUCCGGCGAGAGUGCGUGUCGAGUGGUUCUGUGCUGUGAUGCUGUAACCGUGUGCCGUUUGUGAUACGUCCGAUACACGUGUGUUUAUGGAAAGCAAAGGCGCUAACCCCGAUUCCUAAGCGGUUCCGGAGACAAUAGUGUUUAUGCUGGGAAACAGCGUACAGACAAACGUACAUCCCCAGACCUCAACGCGGCAUGUGAGUUGGUGGGUGCAGGGAGCAAGUGUAUCAAGAUAAACGCGCAAGUUCCGAGACGCACCGUGUGGGAAGUUUGGCAAAGGUACAGAGACACAGUGCUAGUAUAUCUCAAUCCCCGAAGAGGGUUACCCGUGGCAAGAUGCGUAAAGUUUGGCUCCUCGCCAGCGCCGUGUUGGCGUUUCUCAACUUUGUGAAAUCGCAGGAAGUCGCUCGGACACUCUACAGUACCAGAUAUGACAACCUGGACAUUGACACCAUUUUGGGCAGCAAUCGGUUGGUUUCGAACUACGUCGACUGUUUGCUUAGUCGCAAACCGUGCCCACCGGAAGGCAAGGACCUGAAACGUAUCCUUCCAGAAGCGCUACGAACCAAAUGUGCCCGCUGUUCACCGAUUCAGAAGGAGAACGCACUGAAGAUCAUUACCCGGCUUUACUACGACUAUCCGGAUCAGUAUCGUGCACUUCGCGAACGCUGGGAUCCUUCCGGCGAGUAUCAUCGCCGAUUUGAGGAGUAUCUGCGCGGCUUGCAGUUUAAUCAGAUCGGUGGAAACGGUGGUCCCGUCGGUAGUUCCAGCGUUGGUAAUACGAUCGAAAGUGGUGGUAACGACAGGCCGGUAAGAAAUGACCUCGAUCGACAGCCCGCCACACAGAGCAGCAAUGUGCAGACGAUAGUGGUUAAUCCGACGCUGGCCGGCCAGCCGAUUGGCAAUGUGAAUACGCUGCUUCCGAUACCUUCUUCUCCAACACCUUUACCACCGUCAGCUGUAGCGCCAGCGACCGAACGACCUAGGCUCCCGGCACCGAUUCCGCAAGGCUUACCUUCCCAGCCCACCAGCACGGUCAGGAACGUCGCGCAAACGCUGCAGCAAGGUACAACCACACCAUUCGGCACGGUUGGGUUCGAAGAAGUAGCAACAGUUCCGCUAUGGCUGGAAGCACAAUUGGCACAACAAAUUCCACCGGCACGUCCGCAAGGAUCGUUCGUCGAGUUCGUCCCAACGAUCGUCAGCCUGCCGUCGCCGGUGUUCAACGAGCGUCCGGUAGUUGAUGGAGUUGGGAGUCAAAAUUUAGGCAACGCUGACGCUACUGGUCAGCUUCCAUUCCAGGCUACGGUGUACGAUGGUCCAACAACUACUGGACGAGUAUUGGCCGGACGGCGUCCCACGAUGGACAAUGGGUUUGAUGAACUCCCCACGGCUCCACCACCGGUAGUGGUGAAUCGGUUCGGUGACGAUGAUGCCAAUGGUCGGCCAUCCAUUGCACCGGUACCUGCAGUGCCCGUAGUGACGACAACUACUACCACUACUACACGAAGGCCUACAACCACAACCGUUCGACAGACGCGACCCGUUACACGUCAAACAACGACUAGAAAUACUCAGCGUACAACAACGAGAUUUGCCGCAAAUCCUCCAGUACAGCCGAUCGUAGGCCUGUGGAAUCAGCUCGGUACGAAGAUAGCCGAUACGGCGGACGCUAUUGCGGGCAUGCUGAAGAAAACGGUCGACGUGCUGGUAACGAGCCACAUCCAGUCACAUCAGCGAGCAUUGCGACGAAUCUAAGUUCCGCACCUGCACAGUUCUGCUCGGGAUACGAAAAACGCAAUGUGUGAAGCGAAUUGUUUGUUGAAAUUAUGUGAGAAUGCUUGCCGUUUUAGGCAUUAGUUUUCCAUCCAUAGAAAUAUUAGCUCAGUGUGUAUGUAGCAGUGAGUGUGAUUGGAAGUCAAAUUUCCUGAAAAAGUUGAAAGCACAUCCUUGCCCCCCCAGUGACUUAAACCCUGGUCGAAAUAAUGAUGCAUCAAACUCCUCGUAAUAGUGUCAGAAAUGCAGAAAGGAAAACGUGGUUCUUUUCCCUUUUUUCUUUCAAGACCAUCCCAAACACCGUGGGCACCUUUUGCGGUUGUAACUGCGGGAAUCAAGAUCAAUUCAAUUCUUCUGUGAUUGGCGCGUAUUGAGUGAUAAAAUUAUAUGCGUAUUCUAAUUUUGUUUUUUUGUUUUUUUGUGGUAGGUAAAUAUUACAAAACCGAUGCUCUUGUAUCUUUUAGAUUAUCUUAUAUCCCUAUCGCUAUCACUACACGUACGGAACAUCUCUUUUUGUCGCUAUCCAUAAAACUUCAUUUUGGAUUCUGAAUGUGAAAGUGCAGACAAUGUAAUGACAUACUACAGGGUGAAUUUUAAAAGGUUCAUGGAUUAUAAAUGUAUCUUAUGUUACUAUUGAAUAAAUAUAUUAUAUAUCAAGAAACACUGGCCUUGUUUGGAAGAAUUGAUGGAAGAUAGACAUGCAAAAUGUAUCACUUCAGGUGGAGUACAAUGUUGAAAGAAAUUCGUUCCACUUGUACAAUCGUUUAUCUUUUCUAACCGCUUAACGGAGAAUGGUGUGUGGAACUUUUGAAACAAUUUUAUCAAAGCGUCUCACGGCCGAUUUGUUUCACUCGUAUUCGUUCUUCGUUCGACUUUGUACAUUGAGGUUUUAUCAUGAUUAUUGGAUUCCGUAGGGAGCCGGUAGCAACGGUAGCAUCAGUUGAGAAAUCGAGAUCAAGUUAUCUUCCCCGUAAGCCAAAUGGGUACACUGAAAGCAAAAAAAAAGAAAUAAAAAGAAAUAAAUAAAUUUCCUCCUUUCAGGAUACACACGGGUAACAAAUUGAAGCGUAAGCAAUCAAAUCAUAGUGCGAUUCGGAUUAUACUUCUUCUUACCAACUUUACCGACGUCCAGUUUGCUUUAUGGUGGCGUUUUAACGUUCGGUUGAAUAUUUCAUUUUCCUCUCAUGAGUUUUCUCGCCAUUCUCGUUCGUUCCAUGCUAAAAACGGUGAAGAAAACUGAUGGAAAUAUUUCAUUCUUUUCUCAUACACAUUUCCCAUGGCAGUGCUGGCGGCUUGCUGGCUCAUAACUCUACAGUUGAGCAAUUGAGUGAAGUUGAUAGCAGGAGGCUGAAGCAGGCUAUAGACUUUGGGCGCAAGCUAGCAACUGCUCGCACUGUUUGCAAUCAAAUAAAGCUGAAGUGCUCGUUCCAUUACCGGUUCCGGAAGCGGAAGAUCACAAUUCUGACGGACGUCUAUGAGCACAGGUUUGCUGAAGUUGGGAGGCUGUUUUUGUGCUCUUGUCUCGGUUUGCAGUUGCUGUUAGUCUGGUGUGUGGAGGAAGCCAUAGCAAUCGAUACAUGUUCGUACCAUCUCGUAUGUAAAUUAGAAAAAGUAGCCAAACAUAUUGAUAUCACACUUUCAAAACUCAUUUAAAAACGUUUUUAAAAGUUCGUUGUUAAGCACUUUUGUUGGUAAAAGUAGUGAAAACAUUUGCGCGUGUCAUGCGCAUUGCCUAAGCACAGGCGUUCUUUUGUUGGUUCCGAUAUCGACGCAUAGGAGGCGCCUUUUCCAACAAAGUGAUUCAUUCGAAUUUGGGGAUAAACAUUGUACGUUGUAUUUUCUAAAUUUAUCUUUAGUAUAAAGAGAAAAAAUAUUGUGCAAUCUAUCUUAUCCAGAUUAUACGAUGCUUCUUCUCUUCAACCGACGCCAUGAGACACGCGUACAUUUCCAUUAAGCAAAUGAAACAAUACCGAAGUGAUGAAAACUUUCUUAAGGAAGGUUGCAUGUGAACGGUUAGCUCAAACGAUCUCAAUCGCUCACCAGCAGAAAAUUGCAAAUUGCAUUGCUUCAGUGAGGUGCUUUGAACAUUUUUUGACGGACAAUCCACUUACCGACGCAAGGGAAGCGAAAGUGUUGCGGCGGGAAAAAGUUAGAAACGUAAUUUCGCUGAUGCAGGUCCUGAGUAAGGUUGACCCUGAAAGUUGGAAUUAGAUGGCACUGAGCAUUCGCCUGCUUGUCGUAGGGCAACCAGGGUUUUCGGCUGGAAGGUUCUGAAGAGGUAAAGAGAAAGCUAUAAGUUUUGCACAAGGAGAAAGAGAGUCAUUUUAUGUUUAGCUUGCAAUAUUUUUUAAAGCAAAAUAUAUCAUUUUGAACUUUAUUUUCCCAUGAUGCAGAAGGGGCAUUUGAAUGUCAUCAAGCUCAAUCCGGAAGAUGUGCCCGGUAAAUAUGUUGAAUAUUUAUUAUGUAGCAUGUGAGAAAAGGCACACGUGUGGUGUGGAUAUGUUUUUUUUCUUCAUUCUUUUUGUUGAGCUUUCUAUUGCAAAUUCCAUCCAUCAGGUGUAGGAUUUAUGUAGCUACUGGAUAUACUAUCUGCUUUCUCGAGAACUAUUCCAACCAAUCGUACACUGUUGUGCGGGUUGUCGAUGCAACAAAACGAACUCGGCGUCCGAGGCGAGAAAUUGCAAAGAAGAACACAUAUUGAAAUUCCCGUCAGCUUGACUGCAUUCGUUCACAGAAGAAAAAUAGAGGAAAAGAAUGUAAAAAAAACACCAAACUCCAGAGAAUUCCCCCACCAAGUCGGUAGAACAUGUGUGAAGAAAGGAAGAUUGGGUAAAAUACAUCUGAUUACAAAUCGUCCCGUACGACGAUGGACGAGCCAGGUUUGCAUUCGAAUGCUGGGAAGACGCGCGUAUGCGUCACAUUGCGGUGGCGUGAGGGACGAAUGAAAUAUUUAUCAGACCAUGUUGCAGAUUGCGGAUGCAAAGCAAAGAAACGUGUCGUUUUCGAGAAAGGAUGUAAAGGCUACGAAAAUCCAUAAUCCCGGCCCAGACAUUUUCCAUACCGAGCUGAGCUGCUGGUGGUUUCAUUUUAGUAUGGAGAUUACAUCACGAUAUGCUGAUUGAAUGCAGCUAGCGAUGGAACGAAUUUGUGCAGCUUAUAUAGAGAUAACUUUUUUCAUUACUGUCAAUAAAUAGAAGAAUGUAUGAAACUAAUCCAACUCGAAAAAAAAUCUAUACAAUUUCACCCUAAACAAGCAUGAAUAAUCGAUUGUACACGAGGAACAAAACAAAACAAAAAUCAACACUCAAAUCGAAAUGAUUGUUUCGAACGAUCGUGUACCUCGAUUAGUCGUCGUUGCUGGCUGCUGUGUCUCUCAGCGCUGGGAGUCAAUCAUCAACCAUCGGCGUGUCUAAUGAGCACCAAACCAUCAUCCCGUGUUUGAUGCAUUAGCAUACACUGUAUCCACUGGUGGCGCACUGAUGAACCUGGACCGCAUAAUUAUCGUUAACAAAAUAGUACAAUUGUUGUAACCUCGUGUGGCCUGGAUGCGCGAGGGAGGGGAAGGAACGGCACUCACAACCUUUUCGCCCUAAAAGGCUACCGGCGUGUGCUAGUGCACGUGGAAAGUGUAUGGGAAAAAUGCGGGAAAAGUGCAAUGCAUUGGGGAGACUCAGCUGCAGUGUGUAAUGUGAGCAAACUUCAAACUGAAAUCAAAUGAUUCGUUCCAUUUCCGUUGCGGGGUUUUCCAGCUUUGCUUCCAUUUUGUGUAAAUGAAUCCAUUUCCCUUAGCUGGCUGAUUGAGAUGUUGGUGAUUAAUCGGUUUGAAGGUUUAUAUGAUUUUUAUCUAAAAAAAAUUAUUCGAAUCAUUCCAAUUUUUGGUUAUUUCCUUUCAAAUUGUAUCAAUUGUUAUUUAUAUCAAAGGUGGAAUUUCCACUGGCAUUGCAAAUCCUUAAAUCGAAUGAUUUGCUUCCCAUCACUUGUACAUUUCCCACCUCAGAUAUUCAUCUACGACGGUGUCGAUGUGACUUCAUCACACUAAACAGUGCAAUGAAAAGUCGAGAAGCGACGCACAAUGAGACCGAUUUGGGAUUUCCCCAAAACCAAAUUCCCCGUUCGUGUUGAGCAACUCCAAUAACCUUCCUACGAAAGCUUCCAUUCUCAACAAAAAAACACAAAAACAAAAUAAAAAACGCGCCUGGAAAUACAUUACACGAUACACGCACGUACGAUGCCAAAAACACUGCCGACAUGGUACAAUAUUUAUCCACCGUUUGGUGACAUAUAAAAACAAUCCGUAGGCAGUUUAUUUACAGCGCCAAAAAUAAACGAAAUAAAAGAAAAAAAGUUAAAACACGCACCGACAGACAGUUGAACGAAGAAUUGCAAAAGUUACUCAACCUCCUGGGUUGCCCUUUUCUGCGGCAGUAGCUGGGGGGAGUUUCUAAACAUGAUGACACAUGGAUGAUAACAAUGAGUACUUCUAUACAUGAUCGCACACAAGCACACAAUUUUCUUUCUCCACCCAGCAGGGGGGGUGGGGGGGAGAAACCCCCCAUCAUGGAAAACAAAAGUUCCAUAUUCCAAGUGUCAAAGCUGUCAGUUGUACACGACGAUAAGGAAAGUGGAUUUGGCGUUUUCUUUUCGUUUUUGGUUUUGUCUGGUAAAUCUUCCCACGGCGAAGGGAUGAAAUGGUGGCAAGAAUUGGAUGGGAGCAAAAAAAAAAAUACAACAACACUUCCGACGGCUUUGAGACAAUCAGAUUUCGGAGGCGGUGAAAAAGUGAUUUAUUUUCCACCUUCUUUUUUCUCGUUUGGUCGCUAAAAGGUUCAGCCUCAUGUCAUGUCUCUUGGACUGCUCUCAACAACCAAUUGUGUUUUGGGGGGAGGGAGGUAGGGGAUCGUUUGAGUUUAAUUUGAUUGGAGAAGAUUGGAGGCCUCUACUACCGGUAGAUUCCUUUUUUUGACUGCUCCACGUACGACAAUAGUAAUCGACAUCAAGCGUGACUGGGUGGUGAACUUGAGAAAUUGGAUAAUUGAAGUUAACGGAAGUAUUCUCGAUAAGCGUAAUUGAUAUCUACACCCAUUUAGAGCAAUAUCCAACUUUGACCAUCAUCAGUAUCAUUAUCGUUUCCUAAAUCCUUAAGUUCUUCGCUCAAACAGUGAACAAACACUUGAUCCACUCACCCCGUAGCUAACUCAACACAAAGAACUGACGUAGCGCAUGGUCCAAAUAAUGCUUUUCCACUCAAUUGAUUAUGCGUGCAUACGGUAGGAGAUGUUUUAGUUGAGUGCGCUGAUGCCACGUAUUCAAAAAAAUGUGCCACACCAUUCGCAUCAGGUAGCUGUGUGACCUUCGCGACCAAAGCUUCCUAGCGUUCGAUGCGUAGAAGCGUAACCACAUGCCCAUAAAUCGACACCGUCUGAUCUGGUACCGUAUUUGCCCAUAGCGUCUACCGUGAAGGGUUUGUUUUCCUUUCCUGCGAAUUGUUAACUGGAACACGAUAUAAUCCUUUCCCGAUGAUGGACGAGAAUGUGAAAUGGAUGACAUUGAUGCACGUGUUGCUAAUGAGAGACAUGUUGCAUCGUACCGCUUUUGAUUCUAACGGACCGGAGAAUGUUUGUGUGAUGCGGAGAAUAGAGACCAGCAAUUCGAAUCGCUGUGGAUGAUGAUUAAUUAAUUAGGGGAUGUCAUGUAUACUGAUUUCCUAGAACAAAGCCAAUGCGGAUGGUUUAAACAGAUACGGAACAGUUUUGAAGUAGCUCUACUAAUGGCUUCUAGAAUGUACACGAUGAGUUCGUAUCAUGUGAACGUUUCCAAAAAUCCAAUCCAUCAUUAAUUUUUUUUUUAGAUCUUCGACAAAAUUGAUCGACAACUUCCUUCCAACAGCCAGCGUUUUUUUAACGUUCUCUUUCCUUUAUGUCCAAGAAAAAUCAAAUCAACAUCAGCAACACGUGAUGCACGGAAAUUCUGGCUGGAAAACCCCAUUUACCGACAAAAAAAGCUCGCCACCAGUCCAAACCAGUCCAAAGUGAACGAACUCUCCGAAGUUUUAUGCUGCAACAUUGCAUCUCCAUCCGGACAUUUGGUGGCGGUGGCCGGGGGGCCGGAGCCAUGUUUCGUCAGCUGCACUGCAAAGGAACGCUGCAACCAGUUUGCAACCAUUGGCCUGCAAUGGACGAGAACCAGUUAGUGACACAUGCACGGUAUCCAGUGGGACCAGAGCUAAAUCUUAUGCUAGCGCCAUCCAUCAUUCUGCUAGCCCGUACCUCCAACAUCCAUCAUAAUUCGGAUAGAAUUUGGGUCUAGCUUUCCAUCGAGCAGCUGGCGUUCCGAAAAAAAAAAUCUUCUUUCGCUGUAAUAAGGAACAUGCCUUGCUGAGCAAAAGCGAAGGGGUACAGUUUGUUCUAAAGCAUUACCGUUAGUGUGUACGAUCAACCUUAAACCUCUUGCUACCCACAGUCUCGGAGGUCUCGAUGUGACAUUAGCCAUGUUUAGGGACCCCACACCGGUCCGGUGUCCGGUUUGUGCCGUACAGGGCUACCCUUAAACUGAAACGUGCCCAACAUAGAGUGACUUGAAUGCGUGUCUGUGUGUGCUUUUUUUAUGAUACCCAUCGUCUACACCUUCAACGGGGACAGUCUCCGUUUCGACGGGAGAGGGGACCGCAACUACCCGCGUAAUGUUUGUUGCUGUUGGUGGUGGUGAUGAUGGUGGUGGAACGUAUAAAAACAAAGGUACGGUCCGGCGGUAGCGCUUAGUAGUGACCGAUAGAGAGUUGCGUACGGAGGUAACCGUGAUUGGCACGAUCGAAAACGAAAGUGAAAACAUCGCCGCGAAAAAGUAGCCACAG